AUGAACCUUUUUGAAUAUCCUAUGUACCCCCGGGUCCCCCCUCGCUGCCCGCAGGUCCAGGUGUUGGUGGACAGCGUGGUAGGCUGCCUGCCGGUGUACAGGGAUGCCCAGCAUCUGGCCCUUCCCACGGUGCGCCCCUCCGCCCUGUGGGUGGAAGCCGUGCUUGCCGACCGGUACGACACCCUGGGCAUCCCCGUGCGUACCUCCUACGCCGAGGCCACCUUCUCCGGCUGCACCUGGGACACCACCCUGACCUUUGCCACCCGGUACCGCGACCUGGACCACACGGCCCAGCUGGCGCUGACGGUGUGGGAGGUGCGGGAAGGCGUGCCGCAGCGCGCCCUGGCGGGCGCCACGCUGCGCUUCUUCAGCAAGAAAGGGCGGCUGAAGACCGGGGCGCACACGCUGCGGCUGUGGACCCCGGGCCCCGCAGAUGGGGGCUGGCCGUCGAAAACCCCGGGCAAGGUCCCCCUGAAGGAGCGGGGGGAGCGCGGGCGGGUGGAGCAGGUGCUCAAGCGCUUCGAGCGGGGCGAGCUGGAAAGUGACCCGGAGCUGGGGCGGGACAACCCCUCCGAGCUGAAGGCGCGGAAGCUGGCGCGCAGCCACACGCGCGGGCUGCGGCGUGCGCUCACGCGCUUCCUGCGCUGCGUGGACUGGGCCGACGGCGGCGAGGCCGCGCAGGCCGCCGCGCUGAUGGCGGCCUGGGCGCCCAUCGACGUCGCCGACGCGCUGGAGCUGCUGAGCCCGGACUACGGUAAUGAAGAGGUGCGGGGCCACGCGGUGCGCGUACUGGAGGCCAAGGGUGACGAGGAGCUGCUGGCCUACAUGCUGCAGCUGGUGCAGGCGCUGCGCUACGAGCCGGCCGACGACUCGCGGCUGGGGCGCUUCCUGGCGCGCCGCGGCGCGGCCAGCCUCAGGCUCGCCACCCCCCUCUUCUGGUACCUCUGCGCGGAGCUGGAGGACCCCGGGUUCGGCCGGCGCGCCGCGCUGGUGCAGGCCGCGCUCCUGCGCGGCCUGGACCCCGCGCUGGAGGACGCGCUGGCGUCGCAGCUGGACCUGGCGGCACGCCUGCGCCACCUGGCCGACGUGGUGCAGGCGACGCGCGGGUCGGCUGCGCGGCGCGCCGAGACGCUGAGGGCGCUGGUGUCGCCCGGCGGCGCGGCCGCCGACCUGGCGCGCUUGGCCUGCCCCAACCCGCUGGACCCGGGCACGCGCCUGCUGGGCCUGGACGCCAGCCAGUGCACCGUGUUUAAGUCUGCGCUCUGCCCCCUGCGCCUCGUCUUCUUCACCGAGCCGGGGGGAGACGAUGGAGCGAGAGCGGGGGUUGGGGGGAGUGGGGGCGGUGCCGGGGUCGAGGGCGGCGGCGGGGGACCGGAGGGCGGCGGCGGGGGACCGGAGGGCGGCGGCGGAGUCGACGGGCGAGCGCCAGCUGGCGAGCCAGGGUCCGGCCUCGCCUCGCCCCCGCACGGCCGCCUCCCUCCAAAUCCCUCCCUCCCCCUGGACCCCUUCCCCCCCUCCGACGGCGGCCCCCCCACCCACCGUCCACACCACCCGGCGACGCUGACGCUGAUCUACAAGCGCGGCGACGACCUGCGCCAGGACCAGCUGGUGGUGCAGAUGAUCUCGCUCAUGGACACGCUGCUGCGGCGCGAGCACCUGGACCUGCGCGUCACGCGCUACGCGGUGCUGCCCACCUCCUCCCGCGACGGCCUCAUCCAGUUCGUCCCCGCCGUGCCCCUGGCGCGCCUGCUGGCCACCCACCGCUCCAUCCACCGCUACCUGGCGCAGGCCGCGCCCGACGCCACAGGGCCCUACGGCCUGCAGCCCGGCGUCCUCGCCAACUUUGUCAAGUCCUGCGCCGCGGCCUGCGUCAUGACCUACAUCCUGGGCGUGGGCGACCGCCACCUGGACAACCUGCUGCUCGCGCGUGACGGCCGCCUCUUCCACAUCGACUUCGGGUUCAUCCUGGGGCGCGACCCCAAGCCCUUCCCCCCGCCCAUGAAGCUGUGCCGCGAGAUGGUGGACGCGCUGGGCGGCGCCGACAGCGAGCACUACCGCCGCUUCGCCAGCCACGCCUGCGAGGCCUUCAACGUCCUGCGCAAGUCGGCGGGCCUGCUCACGGGGCUGCUCCGCCUCAUGGCCGGCUCGCGCCUGCCGGACAUCGCUGCCGACCCCGACGCCGCGCUGCUGAAGGUGCAGGAGAAGCUGCGCCUGGACCUGGGGGACGAGGAGGCCGCCCGCUACAUGCGCCAGCUCCUGGCCGACUCCGCCUCCGCUCUCAUGCCCGCCAUCAUGGAGACCACCCACCGCUGGGCCCAGUACUGGCGGUGA